AUCCCGAACCGAAUCCUGGAUUCGGUGCAUCCCUAAUUAUAGCUUUCUCAAUUAGUUUAAAGGUAAUGGCACACAGGGUGCUUUGUCACCUGCACAGAAUUUUCUCAGCAAAACAAUAAUGUCAGUGUGAACUUUAACAUGUGUGUAUCAGGAGUGAAAUACAGCGAUUCCUUCCAGUGUGCUUCAAUGUAAAAGGUAUUUUCAGUUUGAAGCUUGUCAACAGACUGCUUGCUGAAUAGACAUGGAAGUUGACGCUGACCUCGAGCUGCUAACCUCUUUGUUAGAAGAAAAUGAGGCUGCUGAGAGGAAUGGUGUUGUGAGCCAUGAAGCCUCAAGUGAGCUUGAUGAAUUUGACGAACUCUUUGAUGGCGAUGAAGAUGGAUCUUAUCAUGGAAGUGAUAAUGGGACUGAGGAGCAAACCAUAGGUGGAGUAGAAGAAGACUUUACCACACUAUUUGGUGACAUUGAUGAUAUUAAAGAAGAGGAAGCAGCUGCAUCUGAUACCAAGAAGCAAUCUUCUUCAGUUUGCCAGGAAAAAUCAAAAGAUGAAUUAGAAGAUGAACUAAGAAAGAUGCAGGCGCAGAUGAAGAAAUUGCAGGAACAGUUGCAACAAACAGCACUUGCAAAAACAUCAAGCCCUGGUAAUCCUAAGAAAUCACCAGAAAAUAAAAUGAUACAGUCAGGUAAAACAUCUCGGACAAGCCCUUUGAUUGAAAGAAAGAAAACAGAUUCCAACACUGUUGCUCCUCAACUUACAAGUCCAACUGUCCCGAAGGCGAAAUUACCAGAUGCUCCCAAAAGAAAACCAAAUCUUUCAGAUAAGAGCCCAGUUCAAAAGAAAAUGGCUAGUUUCUUAUCUCCACCUGAAAAAUCCUCUGCCAGACCUGGCCAAUCAACAGCGACACAGCCUAUAACAAACACAUUAAAAUUCCCUGUAGGUCAGCAAUAUCAUGUAGAGAAAUUUUCUGGACUAAGAAUAAGGAAACCACGAGUGUCCUCUUCAGAAAUGGAACGGAAAAUGAAUGGGCGGAAAUUGAUCAGAUUGGCUCAGCUGCAGAACAAAAUUGCAACUGAGAAACUGGAGGAGGAAGAUUGGGUUACAUUUGGUGUAAUUGUAAAGAAAAUUACCCCACAAAGUUCAAACAAUGGUAAGACAUUCAGCAUUUGGAGGCUGAAUGAUUUGAAGGAUUUGGAUAAAUACAUAUCCCUGUUCUUGUUUGGAGAUGUCCAUAAAGAGCACUGGAAAACAGACCAGGGAACUGUUAUUGGUCUCCUUAAUGCUAACCCAAUGAAACCAAAAGAAGGCACUGAUGAGGUGUGUUUAUCUGUUGACAAUCCUCAGAAGGUCUUGCUCAUGGGAGAUGCAGUGGAUUUGGGAACCUGUAAGGCCCGGAAAAAAAAUGGAGAUCCAUGUACACAAAUGGUCAACCUGAAUGACUGCGAGUAUUGCCAGUAUCACGUCCAAGCACAGUAUAAGAAAGUGAGUUCUAAGCGAGCGGACCUUCAGUCAAGCUACUCUGGUCAUGUUCCUAAAAAGAUGGCACGUGGUGCAAAUGGUCUGAGAGAGCGCCUGUGUCAAGGUGGUUUUCAUUAUGGAGGUGUUUCUUCUAUGGCAUAUGCUGCAACACUAGGAUCCACUACUGCUCCCAAGAAAACUGUCCAGUCAACUCUUUCUAACAUGGUUGUCCGUGGAGCAGAAGCAAUAGCACUUGAAGCAAGGCAGAAGAUUGCUGCAGCAAAAAAUGUGGUACAAACUGAUGAAUUCAAAGAGCUGAUGACUUUGCCAACACCAGGAGCGCUGAACUUGAAGAAGCAUUUGUCUGGUGUGUCUCCUCAAGCAAAUUGUGGAAAAGAAGGCCAGCCUAUUCAAUCCAUAUCUGCAUCAACUCUUUUAAAGCAGCAGAAGCAGCAGAUGCUGAAUGCAAGAAAGAAAAGAGCAGAGGAGAGUCAAAAGAGGUUUCUUGAAAGCACUGAGAAAUCCGAGAAAUCAAGUACUUUGACAUCUUCUGCGUGCUCGGUGUUUCAGUCCCCAAAACAAGGUGCAGAAUUUCCAAAUGCACAGAAGAUGGCAACACCCAAAUUAGGCCGUGGCUUUGCUGAAGGAGAUGAUGUUCUCUUUUUUGAUAUUUCUCCUCCUCCGGCUCCCAAAUUAAGUACUUCUGCUGAAGCGAAAAAGCUAUUGGCUAUUCAGAAGCUACAAGCCAAAGGACAAACCCUUGCCAAAACAGAUCCAAACAGCAUUAAACGCAAGCGAGGUAGUUCAUCAGAAGAGCUGGUUGCUCAGAGAGUGGCGUCACAUGCAUCAACAUCCCCCAAAUCUCCUGAUGAGAAUGAGCCCGCCAUUAAAAAGCACAGAGAUCAGUUGGCCUAUCUAGAGUCAGAAGAGUUUCAGAAGAUUUUGAAUGCCAAAUCCAAACACACUGGUAUCCUCAAGGAGGCUGAAGUAGAGAUCCAAGAACGUUAUUUUGAUCCCCUUGUUAAAAAAGAGCAACUAGAAGAGAAAAUGCAAAGCAUCAGGGAGCAAUCGUGUCGUGUAGUUACAUGUAAAACGUGCAAGUACACUCACUUCAAACCUAAAGAGACCUGUGUUAGUGAGAACCACGAUUUCCAUUGGCACAAUGGUGUGAAAAGGUUCUUUAAAUGUCCCUGUGGUAACAGAACUAUAUCCUUGGAUAGACUGCCCAAGAAGCAUUGCAGCACUUGUGGCCUCUUUAAGUGGGAAAGAGUUGGUAUGCUUAAGGAAAAAACUGGCCCAAAAUUAGGAGGAGAAACACUUUUGCCAAGAGGAGAGGAACAUGGCAAAUUUCUGAAUAGCCUUAAAUAACGAUGAAUGCGUGGCUGGAACACACAGUACAAUCUAUCUUUGUAGCCUUCUUGCAAGAUUUUCCCCCUAUACAAUGCACUCCUUUGGCCUGAUCCUAUAGAUCGCUUUAUUAUAUUAUUAACUUUUAAAAAGCAAGGCCAGUUCUGAAUAGGACUAUGAAAAUGAAGGAGCCAUGUGUAAUCACUGCUACUGCUCCUGAGAUCAGUAUAAAGGAAACCUCUUUGUAUGGCAAAAUCAUUUGUACAAAGUUUGCUCUCCAUGUGUGGCUAUAUGUUGGUUUCCAUAACACUGCCUCAGUUUGAUCAAGUGACAACAGCAUUGCAGAAUCAUGGGAUGGGAAUACAAGAACAAAUAUUGCUGCUGCUGUUCUGUAGGGUUGCCUGUACUGGACAACUUUUAACCUCUGGAUUUUUCCCAGUAUGCUAGCUAGGAAAAUUUCUUUUGCGUUUACAUCUUAUCUUUCAACCUCUUCUUGAUGAAAAACUAAAUAUUUUGAAUUGGGCUGUGUGUUUGUAAUGUUUUUUUAUGCAAGGUAUGUUUUUUGUGAAUAUGUAUAUGUUGUCACUAUUUUUUAAAGGAUAUUUUUAUUGUUAAAUUUAUUUAGAGCAAGUGUAGUAAGCGGGAUCGAUUGUUUCUAGACUUUAUCAGAGAGGUACAUGUUUAUAAAGCUGCUAACAAUAAAUCUUUUGAAAUAAU